AUGCCCUCCUACGAGAGUCGGCACAUGCUGCGAGUGCUCGACUCACCAGAGGUGCUGGCCAAGUCGUUCAUCAGCUACUGCAAACGCCAUAACGUAACGACUCGAGGACGGUGCCGUAUAGGCUUCGUGCAUCGUUCCCCUCCGCACAACACACACACCCGCCCUGACAACUACCUCCUGCGCGGCCUCAUAGCGAACAGGGACAUCUCCAAGGAUGAAAAUGUGGUCAUAAUGCCCGUCACGGCAUGCCUGCAUCCCGGCGCCGCCUUCCGUUGCGAGCCUUUCUGGAGUUUGCUGGCACCGGAGGUGCAAUCGGUACUGGGCGACUUGGCGUGUGCAUACAACAGCCGCAUCGUCGACCGCUCACUCAUCCGACACAAUCAGCUUCUCCUCGCGCUCUACAUGACGUACCUAGUGCUGCAGCGGAACUGCAACCCGCCACAGCUCUCGGCAAUGCCAGGCGGCGACGCCAUCGACUACAUCAACUUCAUGCCGCGAAAUGAGGGAAAUUUUGAGCAAUUAGCCGCGCACCUCGCAGGGUGGCUGGAUGCACCGGAGAUCUGCCGCAGCGCCCAGGCCUCGCUCGCCUCACAUUUUCAGCUGACUCAGGCCGAGGUGCGCCCUGUGAUCAUCUACGCCCUGUGCAUGAUCUACAGUCGCAUGGUCCCCAUGGACCACCGCGCGUGCCUGCAGUACGCCCUCCAGUCGACGCCAUUGGCCCGCGCUUGGGACAAUAUCGAGGCCACGGCCGCCCCUGCCGCACUCCCACCCCCAUCCUCUGCAGGGGGCGCUGGUGCCGGCAGCAGCGGUGUGAACCCCUCGCUUGUGCGAGACCCCAUCUCUUUCCUGUGCCCUGUCAUUGACAUGUGCAACCAUAGUGACAACGAAAACGUCGCUGUCAUGGUGCCAGAUAACCACGCAGCGUCGGUGGCAGGACCCGCUAUUUGCCUGCGAACCCUCUGCCCUGUCGCGAAGGGAGAGGAGCUCACCAUGAAGUACGGUGCUGCCCCUCAUGAGCUUAAGCUCAUAUGGGGUAUGCAGGACAUUCUCCAGUAG